AUGGCUUCCAAGAACGGAACAAAGCAGAAAAAUCAACUAGACGUUGUUCCACACAGUGCCUUCCGUUGGACAGCAUAUAAUCUAAAUCGCUGGCAACAAAUUUUGGCGCAGGUGAAACACCGAAACAAAUCAGUUAAUCGACGCGAUACAAAAAAGAAAUACGAUUGCAAUCAUUGCAAAAGUCGGUUCGUACAUCUUUCCGGUUUGGAGCUCCAUAAGAAAAAGUUUCACACUGAUGAAAAUUCGACGCCUGAAACAUCCGAACAGCUCGCAAAGGAGCUGCACUUUGCCAAUGCCAUUAAGUGCGUCAACUGUGGAGCGGUCUUCGCCAACGUAGACCAGUUUGAACGCCAUAGCAGGAUGCUCCAUUGGGAUGAUUUGUGGUCUUCGGUACCAUUGGACUGUGAGGACCGGUGGGGUGUCGCUUUCCGGAGCCAACUGCGCAUCAUAGUGAUGGGUAUCGCAUACAUCUGCGAAUUUUGUGACAUAAGGUUCGCAGACCAGCAGUCACUUUUUAAUCAUGAAGCAUUGCAUGAUCCGACCGAUGGUUUCCAAUGUGUACUUUGUCAGACCAACGUGAACACCUUGGAUGAUAUCUUGGCCCAUCGGUUGAGCGAGCCAGAAGAAUUGAAACAGCAAUACGUCGGUGAGAUUCCAAACGUGGCAAAUGUUUACUGCUGUAAAAUUUGCAAGACCUCCUUCGCUUCACUGCAAUUGCUGUACGAACAUCGGUACUCGAUGGAUCAUCAUUUUCCACGAAAAUCAAAAUCAUUUGUAACCGGGAAUGCGGAUAUCGAUAGUGAGCUGAUAGAUAAUUGCGCCUACUGUGGUUACAUUGCCAAUCGUGCAAAUAAGUUACGGAUGCACUAUAACACAAAUCACGCUAAGGACCCUUGCGAACCACUGAAGCCAAUAAUUUUGGCCGGAGAAAAUUCAAACUCUCCCACCCAGCUGGGGUCGGAUGAAGAGAAAACACAGCGCCCGUAUUUAUGCGACGUAUGUGGUAAAACGUAUACGCAGUCCAGCCACUUGUGGCAGCAUUUGCGCUUCCACAAUGGCGUACGCCCAUUCGUCUGCCCGCGAGAACCGUGUACUCGUAGCUUCACCAUCCGGCCGGAUUUGAACGACCAUAUCCGCAAGUGCCACACCGGUGAACGACCGUACGAAUGUGAAACAUGCGGCAGACGCUUUCUGACAGGCUCGGUCUACUAUCAGCACCGGCUGAUACAUCGUGGUGAUCGGCGGUACGCCUGUCCGGACUGUGAUAAACGGUUCUACCGGGCAGAUGCGCUCAAGAAUCACCAACGUAUACACACCGGCGAGAAACCGUACGCGUGCGACAUGUGUGAUAGAAAAUUCCGACAGCGUGGAGAUCGCGAGAAACACGUGCGCGUUAAGCACAUGAAGUUCCGUUAGAUUUGCGUUCAUAAUCCUACAAUUAAUUAUCAAUUUUGAAUCAACGACGAUGGUGUGCGCAGUACCCUGUUACCUAUCAAAGUUGUUAAAUACUAGAUUUACUUGAGCAGGAGGUUAAAUUAUUCAACUUAUUGUAUGGUUAUUAAUCAUUAAUUUCAAAUUUAUUGCGAUGUAAAAAGCAUCCGUUCUAUAGGAUAAUUUAAUAAAGCAUAAAUAAAAU